GGCGGCGGUCGGCGACUCGGCCCCAGUGCUCGGCUUGACUCGGCGAUCAGUGCACGCCACGUCGUUCCGCGCCCGCUGAAUUUCGCGUAAUUACUAUCAGUCGCACGGUUUAUAUCACAAAUUACCGCAAUGGACAGUACUCUGAUUGGAUUUGACAGAACAUUGUGACGGCCACGUGACGAUGGCUUGACGUCGGGAUGAUGUUGACCCCGCUCCAGCGCCGAUGACAACGCUCAGCACAGCGAGCGUGGACCGCGAGCAUGGCGAACGCGACCGACGCGUACUGCGUGCCCGGAGCCACGGACUUCAACAAGGCCUACAGCCGCCUGCACGGAUACAUAGCCCUCGUCAUCUGCAUCGUCGGCUCUGCCACCAACUCCAUAAACAUAGCAGUGCUCAGCCGGCGCGAGAUGACCAGCUCUACCAACUCCAUACUCACGGGACUGGCAGUCGCCGACCUUCUCGUCAUGCUCGAAUAUAUACCUUACGCUCUCCACAUGAAUAUCAAAAUCGGACCUCAAGUCAACAAAAACACUUACGCGUGGGCAAUCUUCGUUUACUUCCAUUCCAUAUUCAGUCAAACGUUUCACACGAUCUCGAUCUGGCUGGCCGUCACGUUAGCGGUGUGGCGGUACGUGGCCAUCGCAUAUCCGCAGAGAAACAGAACUUGGUGCAAUAAAAAGAAUACGACUUUAGCGAUUGUGAGUGCGUAUGUGAUAUGCCCGUUUUUGUGUCUUCCUUUUUAUUUCGCGAUGACUAUAGUGCCGAGUGAAGUGACGCCGCUGAAUAAUUCGGAAUUCGCGGAGGACCUAUCGCUGCCGCAUAAUCGGACCGUAUACGUGCUAGAAAUGUCUAAGAACGUGGAGCUGGUUACGGCAAUUAUGUGGAUAUACAGUGUUAUAUUAAAACUAGUCCCGAGCAUAGCUCUAUCUAUAUUAAGUACGUGUUUAAUAUCAAAAUUAACGACGACGGAGAGGAAGAGGCAGAAGUUGCUAAAGCGUUCAACAGUUGGGCCGAAUGAG